GUCUGUGAUUGUGAGCGGUGAACGAAACUCUUUACAAGCCAAAAUAUUGUCGAAUUUAUUUAGUAGUGCGUUGUUUUAGAAUUAUUUUUUUUAUUGUGUGGUACUUGGCUCAACAGUGGCUGGACUCUAAAAAUGUUGAACUAAAAACGUGAAAAAAACACGAAGAAAAAGUGCUUCAUUUAUGCCAACUGAAAUUUCGAAACGCAAAAUCAAACAAUAACGAACCGUAGGCGUUGCUUGAAUAGUGCGACACACACAAAAAGUAAAGAAAAAAAUACAAACUUACAUAUAUACACACAUAUAUGUACAUACAAAUAUUAAAAUAGAACAUUUCCACGGAAACGGAACUAAAAUGGUUUUGAAUGGCAUUUGGCGCGCACAAGCAUUCUACGUAUUUUUAAUUGUCGCACUGUCGUCAUCGCUGACGCUGAUGCACGUGCAGGCACAGGAACCACGACGUGACGAUAAAUGGCCGCCACCAGCUGUCCUAAAAAUGGCCAAAGUAUUCCAUGACAUUUGCGUUGGAAAGACCGGUGUAACUGAAGAGGCCAUUAAGGAAUUCAGUGAUGGUCAAAUACAUGAUGAUGAAGCGCUCAAAUGCUAUAUGAAUUGUCUCUUCCAUGAAAUUGAUGUGGUGGAUGAUAAUGGUGAUGUGCAUUUGGAGACUCUUUAUGAUACCGUACCGGGCACUGUGCGCGAUAAGUUGAUAAAUAUGGCAAAGGAUUGUGUGCAUCCGGAAGGUGAUACGCUCUGUCAUAAGGCUUGGUGGUUCCAUCAGUGCUGGAAGAAAGCCGAUCCUGUGCAUUACUUCUUACCUUAAACCACUAAAUAGGGCUACUAUUGGUUCUUAUGUCUGUGCCGACAUUCCAAGGCAUUGACUUAUUGCACCGUUGUCAUCUUAUAAUGCGUAUUGACGAAAGCAAACCUUAGAAAACUGUUGUAUUGGUAUCUAUAUAUAUAGUUUAUGUAGCGUUUCUUUUCAUUUGUUUUAAUCAAUUUUUUAUUUUAUUAAAGCAUUACCAAAAUUCAUAA